AUGGCGGAUGGCGGAGCGACGUCAUCAAGCCCGACUGCUGGAGAUCCUAUGGCACAGAUUCGUGCAAUGGCCGAGCUUGCUAUAGAGACAGCGCGGGCAAAUCAGGCGGCAAUUCAGAGUUUGGUGCAGUUGCAGGCGGACAAUUUGACGGCGCAGGCAGCACGGAAUGUGAGCGGUCAGAACAUCUCGGGAAAAGAUCUGGUACGAUCCAUUUGUGCCGUCAGUCAGAGCACAAACGAGAGCGAUCAGGUGGCGGCCACGUUGAGGCCUGAGCUUGCGGAGAUUGGAACAGGUUGGAAGCAGAUUAGCGAGACAUGCUGGGCAGUGAAAUUGUUCGGCAUGAACUUCACAGACGUGGCAGCAAGCUUGCCGCAAGCUGAAGUGGACAGAAGGUCUAGUCUCAUCAAGCAGAAUGGGAGAUGGUGGGUGAUCGAGUUUGCAGAUCGUUUGAGUGAGCUUGAGAAUGUUUCAGGUAAGAUCGAAGAGCUGCAGGAACCCACCGAGAUGAUCACUCUUGCUCAUCGAGGAUAUCAGGACACUGCGAAGCUGGGUUUCGAUGUUGAGUCGUUGGCAUCAUUUCCGGGUGGAUCUGCAUCAGAAAGCAGUGCGGUGAAUGUUCAGGCAGAAGCUGCACCUAGUGACAGGCCUGCGGAACAGGUCAAUCCGGCUGAGGAAUCUGCAGUGGACGAGGCUCGGAGAGAUGUGCCAGCGGAAGCGUUGGUUCCAGUUGAUGAGCAUGAAGUGGAGUUUGAAGGCAAGAUGUUGACAAUGAAGGACACUUUGUCGGUCUUGAGGGAAGCACGCACGAAAUGUGGUAUUGGAAAGUCUGGAGGCAAAGCAAUUAUUCUGAAGCGUCUGGGUCAGCACUUGAAGGCGCAAGACAUGAGAGCAGAACAGAAGGUGCACAAUGAGAUCUUGCAGGGAGAGAAGCGAAAGGCGAACUCUCCACCAGGCGUCUCACAGCAGAGCAAAAGUGGGAUGCAGGGCUGGCAGCGACACUCAGAGGCAUGCCCUGGGAUUACCCUGGUUACCUUGGAGGGCAUCUGGGAUUUGGAAGGCCAAGGUGACAGAGCAACUGGAGAAGGGGAUGAAGCUGCAUCAGACCCGGAAACGGUGGUCCCGGACGAGCACACUGCAACGCAUGCGAAAAAGGGUGAGUCCGAGGAUCAGACCGAGCAAGCAGCGAAUCCGAGAAAGAGUGCGUUCAAAGCAACCGAUGUGGUGCAACCAAAGGUGAAAGCGGCUAAGAUAGAGCCCAAGGUCAGGGUGGUUCCACCUGAGAGCGCUCGUGUGCGGGACCCGGCGGAGGAAGAGCGUGACUCCAAGGCAGCGAAGGUGUCGCCAAGAAAGGAGAGGAGGUUGAAUGCCCCACCGAUGUAUGCGGGCGAGCCUACGCCCGGAGAAGGCGGGGAUUCUUCUGCUUCAAGGCCAGGAGUUUUGUGUGUUGUGGGAGAUGAAGAGCUGCGUCAUGAGGACGAGGUGCUGGAAUUGCCCUAUGAUGAGCAGCAAGCUGAGACGAUGAUAGAACAUGACCACCAGCUCACUGGCGAUGUGGAGGCAGAGCAAGGAUUCCAGAGUUCGGAAGGAGAUUCGGAGCUUCUUUACUACCCGGUUGGUCCCGGAAACGAGGAGCCACAGUUGGCGGAAAGUGAUUUGCAGGCGAUAGAUGAUCUCGCUAAGCGCAUGGAGGUGGACAGGCUCAUGACCAUGGGUGUUUUGAAGCCCAUAAGCAAGCAGGAGGCGCAGGAGUUGGGAUUGAGAACACUCAGUACGAAGUUUGUGACAACUUGGAGGCCGAAGCAGCGAGACCAAGUUCCGAAGUUUAUGCGUCGGGCUAGGUUCGUUGCUCGAGAAUUCCACUGGGAUGAUCCGCAUCGGCAGCAGCUAUUUGCACCGGCGACGUCAAGUUUGGUCAUUCGAUUGUUGCCGGCCCUGUUUCAGCACAAGAAAGCAGAAGGUUUGGACUGGGUAAUGAUUGCGUUGGAUAUUAGCGAUGCAUAUUUGACGGUGGAUCAGCAAAUCCCCACUUGUGUGAAUGCAUGGAUUGAUGGGGAGGAAUGGACAUUUCAGCUGGACAAGCUGUUGCCAGGCCAGCGUGACGGUGCGCGUGAGUGGCAUGGAGCAUUUACAAGUUUCUUGAAGGAGAAAGUUGGAGUGGAAGGUUGCACAGUUUGCCCUUCAGUUUUGCGAGCAGCUGAAGGAUUCAAUGGUCUUUUGCAUGUGGAUGAUAUGCUUGGAAUUGGCACUGAGGAAUUUAUCAUGGAGAGACUGGUGCCCGCAGUGGAAAGUAGAUACAAGGUGACGUAUGAGCUCAUCACCAAGCCCGGACAGGAAUUGUGGUUCUUGAAGAGGAAGCUGAUUUACCAUCGCUCACUGCGGUUUAUCAUUCAGCCCCACCAGAAGAAUUUCACAAAGCUGUUCGAGCUGAUGAAUAUCAAUCCGGACAGGGUGAACCCGAGGGCAGCACCAAUGCCUAGUGGAGGUGCUCAAGCCAAGCUGGCGGACAAUCCUUUGGAGGAACCUGCGGCAAGCAAGUACAGGGCGGCGGUUGGACUGUUGCUUUACAUGAGCACGGACUUGGUUGAUUGCCAGUAUUGCAUCAAGACGUUGGCACAGUGCAUGGUGUUGUGGAUGCAGCAGCGAGUGGCGCAGGGCUUCUUCCAGGUCGGAACAGUUCCCACGGCAACAAAUGUGGCGGACUUGAACACGAAGGCUUUGAGCCGAGAUCGGGUGAAAAUCUUGAGUUUCUUGGUCGGCAUUGUGUCGGGCGAGUUUGAAGGUGAGACAGAUGAAUGGGUGCCUGUAGGUUUUGGUGAGUACGAGGCGCUCAUGAUGAAGGAGAACACGAGGUUGGCCAUCCGGAGGAUUAGAUCUGACUUGAGUGGCCAUGAGGCGUUUGAAGGCGCGAGCAACACGUCGAUCACACAGACAGCAAAGAGAGUUUUCGCAGCUGGGAUGAUCAGUAUUUUGCUGCAGCCUGGCGGUAGCGAGAGGAUCGAGCACGACGCCUUGAGCAGUGACAACGAGCCCAAUGGUUUGAACAAUCAGCAUGAUUGGAUCAUGGAUGCGAUUUUCUUUUGCAGCAUUGCAUGGAUGGCAGUUUGCAUUUCUUAUGGAUGUUUUUACUUGAUGACAUGUGGCUACGGCAAGAUUUCAGCGUGGUUUGGAACUGCGAAAGUCAAAGAAGAGAACAUUGUGUUCAUUACGGAGUUUGGGAAGCAUUAUCACAGACGGAAUUGCAAAUGGCUCGUGAAGAGCAUUCUCAUCGAGAUUGAGGAGAACACUGCAGUUGCAAGGCGCUACAAGAAGUGCCACACUUGCCAUUACUUGGACAGAGCUGAGUUUGGUGGCAAGAGCAGCGCAAGACAGGGUGCAACUGCAGCAAAGCGGAAAACAAAAGAUGGCGGCGUGCGAUAA